GUCGGAGCUCCGGACUGGACAGCCGGCAGCCGGGUUCCCCGGCGGCGGCGGCGGCGGCGGUGGCCCGGGUGCGCGCCGGGACCCCGGCCCUCGAGGCACGGUGUCCGCGGCGGGGGCAGUGCCUGGCCAGCCAUGAGCUCUCCGUCGCCCGCCCGCAAGGGCUUUUAUCGCCAGGAGGUGACCAAGACGGCCUGGGAGGUGCGCGUCGUGUACCAGGAUCUGCAACCCGUGGGCUCGGGCGCCUACGGCGCCGUGUGCUCGGCGGUGGACAGCCGCACGGGCGCCAAGGUUGCCAUCAAGAAGCUGUACCGGCCCUUUCAGUCCGAGCUGUUCGCCAAGCGCGCCUACCGCGAGCUUCGCCUGCUGAAGCACAUGCGCCACGAGAACGUGAUUGGGCUGCUGGACGUGUUCACGCCCGACGAGACGCUGGAUGACUUCACGGACUUUUACCUGGUGAUGCCGUUCAUGGGCACCGACCUGGGAAAGCUCAUGAAGCAUGAGAAGCUGAGUGAGGACCGAGUGCAGUUCCUUGUCUACCAGAUGCUCAAGGGGCUGAAGUACAUCCACGCUGCUGGCGUCAUCCACAGGGACCUGAAGCCCGGCAACCUGGCGGUGAACGAGGACUGUGAGCUGAAGAUCCUGGACUUCGGCCUGGCCCGGCAGGCAGACAGCGAGAUGACCGGGUACGUGGUGACCAGGUGGUACCGGGCGCCCGAGGUCAUCUUGAACUGGAUGCACUACACGCAGACGGUGGACAUCUGGUCCGUGGGCUGCAUCAUGGCUGAGAUGAUCACGGGGAAGACGCUCUUCAAAGGCAACGACCACCUGGACCAGCUGAAGGAGAUCAUGAAGGUGACGGGGACGCCUCCAGCGGAGUUUGUGCAGAGGCUGCAAAGUGAUGAGGCCAAGAACUACAUGAAGGGCCUCCCUGAGCUGGAGAAGAAGGAUUUUGCCUCCGUCCUGACCAACGCGAGCCCCCUGGCCGUGAGCCUCCUGGAGAAGAUGCUGGUGCUGGACGCGGAGCAGCGGGUGACGGCGGCCGAGGCGCUGGCCCACCCCUACUUCGAGUCGCUGCAGGACACGGAGGACGAACCCCAGGCCCAGAAGUACGACGAGUCCUUCGAUGACGUGGACCGCACGCUGGACGAGUGGAAGCGCCAGCCUUCCAGCAAGGGCUUCUCCACACGGACCUUCCCCAUGUGGCCUGGCCCCACCCUGCCUGAGGGUCAGACGGAUGGCCUGGGAGCCACCCCACGGGUGGGAACACAACCAUGCCGCUCACUGGGCAAACCAACCAGACCACAUGCUGUUGAAACAUGGUCCUCUGAACGGGGCUCCGGGAGCCCCAGUGGUCCCCCAGACGGGCGCUCUGCCGGCCUGGUGAGUGUGGGCAUGCUGGGAGAGGUGGAGCAGCGCCCCCUCCCUAGGGACCACCCGCUCUGGGCAUGGUGCAGGGAACAUGGGGACCGGUGAGGAAGCCCGAGAUGCAGGUGGUCAGUGGGAAUUUCACUCUUGUUUGAGGCUUCAUAGAUGUUCUGCAUUCAGAAGCUGGAACGCCCUGGUGGGACCCUGAGUAGCUCCACUUGAGUGAACAUAUUGGUUUAUGUGCGUGCAACAUCCUCUGUUCACCGAGGCAGGCUGUGGGGCCAGAGCCACUCUGUGGGCUACAGGAGUCCCGUCAAGGGUGGACAGUCCCUGGGGAUGGAUACGGGUGGAUUCGCACAUGUGGGACAAAGGAGCUCCCUUGGUGCCUAAGCCCUGGCAGUGAUCUCUGACUGUAAUUUAGGGGGCAGUAAGCCCCGAGGUCAGUGACCUGUGCUCUGGGCCCGGGCGUUUCCCCCAUGCCCACCUCGAGUGGAAUCUCAGGAGCUGUCACUGGCCCGGGCAAGCACUUGGUCUGGGUCACUGGCGUCGAUGCUUGGUAUGCACCGUGGCGCUGUCUGAUGGGUGGUGGGCUCCUUCUGUGACUC